GCAGUCUUGAACUAUUAAUCAACGCACUAGCCUUCCGGCCCUGGCGCGACCCUCCCCUCGGGCCUUUCGGAGUCGUCCCAGCCCAGCUCCUGCGCGACGCGGCAGUCCUUAGCGGAGCGUCCUUGCCUCGGUCCCGGUCCAGACCACCCGGUGUCCGGGCUGCCCCGGCAUUAGGCGACCCCAGGACCCUGUGAUUGGCGCCUGCGCCUGCCGACGGUGACCGAAGAGCCCCUGCAGGGACUUGGGCAUUGCUUAGUCUUGGGCAAGGAUCUUGCAUUAAUUAGUCUAUCUCCUCACAUGGUACCUGGCGUUUGGUGAAUGUUUAUUGAAUCUGAAGAGGCAUGUGGGCAAUUAAUCUGGAAAGGGAGAACAUCUUUGGUCCUACAGUGUUGCUGACGUUGAUAUUUUUCUAAGUGGUCUUGAACUGCCUACUUUUUAUGCAAAUAACUGGCUAGACAUAUGUUUCACUAUAGAAGCCUAUAACCUGCAGUUGUUAGAGAUUUAAAAACACUACUUUUAGGAUAUCAUCUACAUUUAACUUGAAAGCUCUCCUUUCUUAUUCCAAAAUGCUGAGAUAUUGGGGAGAGAUACCAAUUUCAUCAAGCCAGACCAACAGAAGUUCCUUUGACUUGCUCCCUCGGGAGUUCCGACUGGUGGAAGUCCAUGACCCACCCUUGCACCAACCCUCAGCCAACAAGCCCAAGCGCCCCACUAUGCUGGACAUUCCCUCAGAGCCUUGCAGCCUCACCAUCCAUACCAUUCAGCUGAUCCAGCACAACCGACGUCUGCGCAACCUCAUUGCCACAGCUCAGGCCCAGAAUCAGCAACAGACAGAAGGUGUAAAGACUGAAGAGAGUGAACCUCUUCCAUCCUGUCCUGGGUCACCUCCUCUUCCUGAUGACCUCCUUCCUUUAGAUUGUAAGAAUCCCAACGCACCAUUCCAGAUUCGGCACAGUGACCCAGAGAGUGACUUUUAUCGUGGGAAAGGGGAACCUGUGACUGAACUCAGCUGGCACUCCUGCCGGCAGCUCCUCUACCAGGCAGUGGCCACAAUCCUGGCUCACGCAGGCUUUGAGUGUGCUAAUGAAAGUGUCCUGGAGACCCUAACUGACGUGGCACAUGAGUACUGCCUUAAGUUCACCAAGUUGCUGCGCUUUGCUGUGGAUCAGGAGGCCCGGCUGGGGCAGACUCCUUUCCCCGACGUCAUGGAGCAGGUGUUCCAUGAAGUGGGCAUUGGCAGUGUGCUCUCCCUCCAGAAGUUCUGGCAGCACCGCAUCAAGGACUAUCACAGUUACAUGCUACAGAUUAGUAAACAGCUCUCUGAAGAGUAUGAAAGGAUUGUCAAUCCUGAGAAGGCCACAGAGGACACUAAACCUGUAAAGAUCAAGGAGGAACCUGUAAGCGACAUCACCUUCCCUGUCAGUGAGGAACUGGAGGUUGACCUGGCUUCUGGAGACCAGUCAUUGCCCAUGGGAGUCCUCGGGGCUCAGAGCGAGCGCUUCCCAUCCAACCUGGAGGUCGAGGCUUCACCACAGGCUUCAAGUACGGAGGUGAAUGCUUCCCCCCUUUGGAACUUGGCCCAUGUAAAAAUGGAGCCUCAAGAGAGUGAAGAAGGCAACGUGUCCGGGCAUGGCGUGCUGGGCAGUGAUGUGUUCGAGGAGCCCAUGUCAGGCAUGAGUGAAGCUGGGAUCCCCCAGAGCCCUGAUGACUCAGACAGCAGCUAUGGCUCCCACUCCACUGACAGCCUCAUGGGGUCCUCCCCUGUUUUCAACCAGCGCUGCAAGAAGAGGAUGAGGAAAAUAUAAAAGGCAAAGGGGGAGAUUUUCUGUCCAGACCUACAAGACCUAGCAGAAAAUGUAUUCAACUGUUUCCAUGAACAGUGAUUUGACUCUUACUCUUAAACACAGUGUUUUUUUCUGAUUUCAGUGGCACUGGAUUUAAGCAAACAGGUUUGUAUUUUCCUUUUGCAUCCAGUUUUUAUAGUUUUCCACAACAACCAAGCCACCUUUCACAGACAUCACAACACUGGGGUGGUAAUCCAGAGACCAAAGCACUGUCCCUAACUCUUGUCUUUACUGUGUGACUAGACAAGUGACUUAGCUUCUCCAGAGCCAUUUCUCUCACACAACUGAGAAGAAUCAUACUGCUUUGAUUUCCCUUGCAGGGAUGUUAUGAAGACUGAGAUGUUAUUAAAUCUCAAAGCUGUGCUUGAACAGGCUCACAAAUCAAUAUAUGAUGAUACCAGAUGUCAGUUUUUCCUUUUAACUUGCUUCAUUUUUGGUUCAAGUCAUUGGGAGUCCAGUGCUAAUACCUGAUAGGAAAUAGCUGAACACUGCACAACUUAAAUAUCAGUAGUCUUUUUUCAAACUGUUCUUGCUGCCCAUGAAGUCUCAUAAAAUCAGAGUGGUCUGUGGUAAACAGCCUUUUUGCUUAUUCAGAUAGUACUGCCCUGUCUCUGCCUCAUAUUUCCUUCUUCCUUCUCUAGACUUAUCCCUUGUAUCCCCAUCCUUUUGUCUUUACAUUCUUAUUUCCACUCAUACUUUUUUUUAUAUUUUCACCAUGCACAUUUUUCAGUUGCUUUCAUUUUCUCCCUUGUGAAUGAGGCUAAUAGGACCUGUCCAAGGAUGGGCUUGUGCCUAUUUCAUUUGUUGCAUUUGCUUGGCCAUCAGAGGACCUUUGCUACAAUUCUGUAUCUGCACAUUGUGCUCCUACCAGAUGAGCAGCCGCUAAACGGAUAAAAAUAGGCACCUUUCUAUUUUACAUCUUGUGCUGAACAACUUUACUGUUGUUACUCACCUAUCACAGUAUCUGCCCUGCUUGGCAUCUGAUAGACUCAAUCAGUAUUUAUUAAAUAAAUGAUACAGCUACUGGAAUAAUUAGGAGUAAUUAGCAAAUGUGGGCAUGAUAAAUACUGCUGAAGUUUGGUUUGGGGGUGCAGAAUACAAGUCUUGUGAAACUUAGAACACUCCCUUAGCAGACCACACAUCAAGGCCCACAUUGUUGAGUGCCUUAGAUGUUCCAGGCAUUGAAAAUAAAGAUAAAUGCAGUAGCAACAAAAUGAGGUUCUAAACUGUUACCAGAUCAUUUAUAAACUUGCUAAUUGUACAUCCUUAGCACACUUACCUAAACCCUUCCUAUUCCAGGCUUAGCUUCAUUUUCCCUUAUUUAUUUAUGAGAGUAGACAUCAGGCAAUCAGUUUCCACCAUGAGCCACCUAGUAUUUAAUCCAUUCAGUUAGCAAACAUUUAUUGAGGACCUAUUAUGUACUAGGUCCUGUACAAGGAAUACAAAGAGGAGUAAGACUUUGUAACUGCCCUUAUGGAGCUUAUAGAACAGGCUGGACAAGUUACUCUUUAAGGAAAAAGUAUUCAAAGGCACUAAGGGGAAAAACCAGCUAUGUUCAGAGUUUUGCUAUGCAAAUGGUUUCCUCUUAAAGAACAGGUUCAAGUUUUUAGACCAGUGGUUCCCAAUACUCAAAGAAUAUUGAAAUUAAUACUUCAUGGUAAAAUACUUGUUUAUUUUUAGAAUGUUUAAAUUAGAGAAUAGGCACCAAAUGGUCAAGGUUGGGGUACUCUGAUAAAGCAGGUCAUGUGAGCUUUCAUACCUGAGAUUGACCUGGCCUGGAAUUACGUCACAGGCUGUUUGAGUUGGAGAGUGGUCUCAAGCUUAGCAUGCAUCAGAAUCCCCUGGAGGCCUUAUUAUACUAGACUAUUGGACUCCACCCCCACAGUUGUGACUCGGGUCUAGAGUAUCCCAUUUCUAGUAAUUUCCCAGGUGAUGCUGAUGCUUCUGGUCCAGAGACCACAUUUUGAGGAACACUAAAUUGGAAUAAAGAUUAGGCAGGGAUAAAAUUCCUUAAGAGAAAUGUAUUAUGUUUUAAGAUACUGAGAACGUGGAGGCAGAGCAAACACCAUGGCUGUUAGGUAUGGAAUGUGCACCUGACCAAAUCAUGGCCUUUGAAUAAAUCACUAAGGAUACUCUGCAUUAAGUUCAAAGAACAAUACAAACAGGGCCUGGCUUUGUACCUGGUUACUAGGUGUGUGUACACAAAACUUCAGUAAACAUCUUUAUAGAGGCUUUAAACCUCUCUUUUGAAAAGAAGUGAUUAUUUGUGAUAAUUUUCUUAUUUGAAAUUAUGACAGACAGGCUUACAACAAAGUUAAAAUUAAAAACUCUUUAUCCAAGUCA